ACUUCCUUCCCCAAGAAUCACCAUUCCUCCAUUCAUUCAUUCACACUUAUCUUUUUACACUGAAAAAUGGGUGUAAAUUCAAACAGAGUUGAGGAUUCAUCCAGCCCCAGCGAUAAUAAUACUAAUGAAACCAUUAUCAGAAUCUCUUCAGAGUUGUCAACAAGGCAAACAAUGGAGAUACACAAUGUUUGCCUGCCACCCCAGAAGACCACUUGCCAAAAACUCAAGCACCGUUUAUCAGAAAUCUUCUUCCCUGAUGACCCUCUCCACAGAUUCAAGAACCAGGAAUGGUGUAAAAAACUCCUUCUCGGGCUUCAGUUCUUCUUCCCCAUUUUCCAGUGGGGGCCUCAGUAUAAUCUCAAUCUCCUGAGGUCUGAUGUCAUCUCUGGUCUCACCAUUGCAAGCCUCGCCAUCCCUCAGGGAAUCAGCUAUGCAAAGCUUGCAAAUUUGCCUCCAAUAGUUGGACUCUAUUCAAGCUUUGUGCCUCCAUUGAUUUACUCUAUUCUGGGGAGUUCUAGACAUCUUGGUGUUGGUCCAGUCUCUAUAGCUUCUUUGGUUAUGGGAUCAAUGCUUCAAGAGGCUGUUUCCUACACUCAAGAUCCAAUUCUAUAUCUCAAACUGGCCUUUACUGCCACCUUCUUUGCUGGUGUGUUUCAGGCAUCUUUAGGUCUACUAAGGCUAGGCUUUAUAAUCGAUUUUCUUUCGAAGGCAACACUUAUCGGCUUCAUGGCUGGAGCGGCAGUCAUUGUAUCAUUGCAACAACUCAAAGGAUUGCUUGGAAUUGUUCAUUUUACUACCAAGAUGCAAUUUAUUCCUGUAAUGUCCUCUGUUUUCAGCCACAGAGAUGAGUGGUCCUGGCAAACUGUUGUAUUGGGGUUCAGCUUCCUGGUUUUUCUAUUGUCAACAAGGCAUAUUAGCAUGACGAAACCAAAGCUUUUCUGGCUAUCGGCAGCUGCCCCAUUAACAUCAGUUAUUCUUUCAACUCUUUUAGUCUUUUGCAUCAAAUCAAAGGCUCAUGGAAUCUCAAUUAUCGGCCACUUGCCAAAGGGUUUGAAUCCACCUUCCUCAAACAUGUUAUACUUUAAUGGCGCUUUCCUGGCUGUAGCUGUCAAAACUGGCCUUGUUACUGGGAUCCUUUCUCUCACUGAAGGAAUUGCUGUGGGAAGGACAUUUGCUUCAUUAAAGAAUUACCAAGUUGAUGGCAACAAAGAAAUGAUGGCUAUUGGUUUCAUGAACAUGGCUGGUUCAUGCACUUCAUGCUAUGUUACCACAGGUUCAUUUUCUCGAUCUGCUGUUAACUACAAUGCCGGAGCACAAACAGCAGUUUCUAAUAUAGUAAUGGCUUCGGCUGUGCUUGUGACGCUGCUGUUUCUCAUGCCAUUGUUUUACUACACUCCCAAUGUCAUCCUGGGAGCCAUCAUUAUAACAGCAGUGAUAGGGCUUAUUGAUUAUCAGUCCGCAUACAAAUUAUGGAAAGUUGACAAGCUUGAUUUCAUAGCUUGCUUGUGUUCCUUCUUUGGGGUUCUUUUCAUUUCUGUGCCCCUUGGUCUCGCCAUCGCAGUCGCAAUUUCAGUGUUCAAGAUUCUCUUGCAUGUCACCAGGCCAAACACAGUGGUCCUAGGCAACAUUGCAGGAACUCAAAUAUACCAUAGCCUCAGCCGAUACAGAGAUGCUCAAAGAGUCUCUUCGUUUCUAAUUCUUGCUGUUGAAUCUCCCAUUUAUUUUGCCAAUUCCACUUAUCUUCAAGAUAGAAUAUUGAGAUGGGUUCACGAGGAGGAAGAGUGGAUAAAGGCAAACAAUGGGAGAACACUAAAAUGCAUAAUUCUGGACAUGACUGCUGUGACAGCCAUAGACACAAGCGGUAUUGACAUGGUGCGCGAACUAAGAAAGAUGCUGGAGAAACGAUCGCUUCAACUUGUGUUGGUAAAUCCUGUUGGAAGUGUGAUGGAAAAGCUGCAUCAGUCAAAAGUUUUGGAGUCCUUCCGACUGAACGGCCUCUAUCUCACAGUUGCAGAAGCUGUGUCAGACAUUUCAUCUUUGUGGAAGGCUCAUGCAUGAAUGAAUUCUACAAGGCUGCGGUUGAAAGUUACGAAUAAUAUAAAAGAAAUGAAAGAGAGUAACUGACAACUUUAAAACCUUGGCAGUCUAGGAAGAAUUCUAAAGAGCGGGGAACUUUGUUUUCUUUUUUUCUUUGUGAGAUACAUUGUUUAACUUAAAAAGUUAAUGGCCAUUGGCCAUGCUCUUCUAAGAAGAGAUUUUGAAGGUUCACAAAUCUCAUCUUAACUUAAUGCAAAGUCUGGCCAUGCCAUGACGGGAGCUUAGUGUAACCGAAACAAA